AUGCACAGCGUGUUGGGUGCUAAAAUCAUUCCAGGAAGGGAGUCGUUCCCGAAUGCGGGGACAGCCCCUAUUGAUGACCUGAGAAACUGGCCGUACCAGUCGGCCGAAUACGGAUGUCAAGAUUUAUUGGCUUAUGGCUCUUACUCCGAUGACUCAGGUGAUGUUUUUGUGGUUGACAUGAACAGUAUGCAACUUGUCCAAACACUGCAUGGCCAUAAUGCACCCGUGACAUGUGUGCAUUGGAAGCCGGCACCGGCGUCCUACUUGCAACAUGGAUUGUUUCUCAUCACUGGAGAUCGUCUAGGGGCGGUUGCUAUUUGGGAUGUGGCGGAAGGCGUCAUUGUGAAUAGUGUGCAGGUGCCGAAUGCCCAGCCCAUUUAUGCCCUCAAUUACCUUGCGAAGCAGCAUUUGUUGGCGGUAACGAGGGACGGCUCGAAUUUUGUGUACGAUUCUCACCUCGCGGGGACGGAACCCAUCCGUGAGUUUCAAUUCCCCAUUCGCACCGGCCGCACAGACUCGUUUGCCCCGUUGCGUUUGUGUACGUCCAAGCUGAGCUCCACACAGGCGUCUUGUGUCGUGCUUGGGGAUCGUCUGCGCGUGAUCGGUUCCUUGGAGACGGGAGUGCGUCAGAGUUCCAGUAUUCCAUACACGAAGGAUCUCAUUUAUGACAGCGCGGACGGCCAUGAAACCGUCCUGGAUGCCGCCUUUAGCGAGGCCAAUGAGGAGCUCCUGUUUUUCGCGACACGUAAUUCCGUUGGCGCCUACGACUGGAAAACAAAUUUGCUGCUUAACGAACAGGUGUUGUGGCACGCGAAGAGCGAUGUGGAGUUCAGGCGCCUCUUCGCUUCUUCGCCCGCCUCACUGGCGGAGAUGGCGCAGGGGCUCCCUUUUUUGUAUUCCUUCGGGACCGACCAGCGCCUGUGCGCCUGGCACAUGUGUCCAAGGGAAAAGGUGACAAGCGUCGCUGCCGACGUGCGGGGGGUGCGAAUUGUGUCCAAGAAGGUGUCAAACGUCGUUCAGUCUCAACUGACGGCAAACCUCUUCGCCGUAAUUUUCGCCGAUGGCUCCGUGGCACGGUGGCGGUACUUGGUGGAGCGCCGGCGGUGGUCACUGGAGGGAUUUUUUGCCUUUGCCCUUUUUAAGCCAACCCGGCUCUGCGUGGCUGGGGACAACGUCGUGUGCUGCGCGUUGGAGAACGGUCACAUAGUGCUCAUAGACGUCAUGCACAACGUCACUCUGCGGAGGAUAAACAUUGUCCACGCUGGCGGCACCCGCAUCAUCUUGCUUAGUCCGCAUCGUUGGGGGGAGUCGGUGUGGGUGGUGACAAACAAAGCCACCCAGCUGCGUCACUUUCACCAGGUGACACUGUUCGACUGUCGCAGUGGCGUCCCGCUACGCGUGCUGCGAAGGCCGACACACCCGGAUGCCACCCGCAUGAGCGAUAUCACUUUAAGCGCUACAGGAACUUUCUUGCUCUUGACUUUUCUUGAUGGCAACUUUGAAGUCUGGGGCGUAGAAGCGGCUGAACUUAUUUAUGCCUUCGAGGGGAUGGGAGUGGCGGGAGUUUCAUGGGCGCCGCAAGUAUUUCUUUCCUGCCUCACAGGCGUUCAUGGCACUCCCCAGCUGCUGGCUAUUAUCUUUACCGAUGGUGGCAUGAGCCUCUGGACGGUGUACAAGGACCGGGUCGUAAAAAAUCGUGAUGUGACCUCGUUGUUUUCCGCUGGCUCCAUCGCCCGCGUGCGGUGCGUGCCUACCGACGAGGCGUUGAUCGUGAUGGAUGGGGUGAAGUUGCCUCUCGUCAUGCGCCUAGGCAGCUCUGGGUUUACCCUGCGUGCCCUCAAAUCUGUUUCAGUCAACACCCCCGUGCUGCACGUGGCAGUGCCGAAGGGCGCUGGGCUCAGUACUGACAGCCGUGCCGAGGCGAGUGCCUCCUCGCAGCUCGUUGCCGUCGCCUUUGUGGACGGCUCCUUCGGCGUCUGGGGGGCGUCGAACCAAGAGCGGGUAAGCUACUCGCGGGCAACACGGAUCAACUUGGCCGCAAGACAUUUGACGUGGGUCGCGGAUAAGCUCCUUGUUCUCACUUCCAACGGGGAUCUUGCGCUGAUUGACAAGUCUCUCACCUCUGUCAAUAGCAGCGUCUCCUGCAAGGUUCAUCGACGCCCCGUACAAACCAGUGCUUUUUUUUUGCCCGCCCACCGAACACACAUUCAAACGCUGCUGGAGACGCAGGUCAUGUGUGACUCGCCAGGCACCAGCAGCCUGCAGAGCACCAGCACGCCAAGUUACCUGGUACAAGGCAUCGAUCCACGGCGGCGCCCGUGUCGAGGACCGUUUGGUCAGGUUAUUACUGAGGCGAUUACAACACUGGCACAGGAACUGGAUAUCUACAAAGAGACGAUGGUUCCACGGCACAUUCGUGACCCACUGCAGCGCGCAUGUGUGAAGAAAAGCACCGAGGAGCUUGCAUUUUGGGUGGCUCGCUUUUUUGGCCAAGUAGAAAAGCAGCGUUUCUGGUUGCAGUUUUGCAUAACGAAAGGUCUUUGGCGGCCUGGCUGCGGCGCUGGCGAUGAGCCUCAGCCCUUGGAUCAAAUUGACAUGGAACAGAAGUUGAGCCCGCCCUUUUUUUAUAACCAUUGUAACCGCUUUUCCGAGGCGGUGGCAAACCCAGACGUCGUUCGUAGCAAUCGUCUGUGUUUCAAUGAACAUCGCAUAGCUGCUCUGGAGGCUGCAAAGAACCAAACGGUGGAUAGUUCAGCGUGUCGUCUGGCUGUGGCACGAGAGCUGCUGAAGCUUCAGGAGCCUCAGCAGGCCAUAACUGUGUUGAUGGACGUCAAUUUCUUGAGCGACCAAUUUCCGCAUCUUUCUAAUCUUGCCGUAACGAUAGCCGCGGCUUCCGUUCCUUGCAGUGAUGCUGCAUCAUUUCCUUUAUUUGUGGCUACAGCGCGGCAUGCAGCUGCAAUGUCUUUGGAGCGCGGAGAUGCGGACGCCGCGGUGGAGAAGUACAUGCUUUGCGGUGACUACUAUGAGGCAGCCUUGAGUUUGCAGUCCUGUGGCAACUGGAGCGAGGCGGCAGUUCUGGCGAAGUUAACUUCCAUGGCGCCUCCGCAAAAACAGGAACUUUUGCGUCGUUGGUGUUCGUAUUACGCCAAGCGCGGGGAAAUGAUGGAGGUGGCACGCAUGCUCUUUUCGAUGGCUUCUCCAUCUGAGGCGCUUGUGUUGUUGUCUGAGUCGGCGCACCUGACGGACGUUGCUGGUUUGCUUGCCAUUGUCCUUUUAGCAGAUCCUCUUUUUUCCUCAAGAGAGUUUCUGCAAAAGGUGAUACCCUCGCCUCUGCGGGACGAAGAUCCGUCAGAGGCUCCGAGUCUGGGUGACAUUGUGCUGAAUACCCUGGCUGACUACUGUGGCGUGCUGAAUUCUGUCGGGAAUGUGGUGGCGGAGCGCACGGUGCUGGAGCUCAUUGCUUCACUUAAGCGUGGUCACCGAAAUGCUUCCACUCCGUGCCUGUGA